GGCUGGGCCAUGGUGGAGCAAGCAGACGACGCGCCGCUUCUGUUCUGGGCCGAGGGCCCGGCCGUCUCCUUGCCAGAGCCGGUCGAGCCCGGCGGCUGGCGGGGCUCUUGCGCCUCCUCGGCAUGGGGAGGCGGCAGCAAGGGCGAGCCGGGCGGCAGCCGUCCCGGGGGGCGCCUCCAGCAGCUGCGGCAGCCGGAGCGCGAGCAGGUGGAGGAGGACCAGAUCGUGGCGGUGUUCGUGGUCACCUUCGACUCCCGCACCGGUAACAUGGUUGAAUGGUGUUUGCCGCAAGACAUCGACCUGGAAGGCAUCGAGUUCAAAUCCAUGGCCAGCGGGUCCCAUAAAAUUCAGUCAGAUUUCAUUUAUUUCCGGAAAGGGCCUUGCUUCGGCUUGGCCUGUUUCGCCAACAUGCCCGUGGAAAGCGAGUUAGAGCGUGGGGCCCGCAUGAAGUCUGUGGGGAUUCUCUCCCCUUCCUACACCCUCUUGUACCGAUACAUGCACUUUCUGGAGAACCAGGUCAGGCACCAGCUGGAGAUGCCGGGACAUUACUCUCACUUGGAAGCCUUUUAUGAUGACAAGAAAGGAGUCCUCCCAGCUGGCGCCUCCGCUUCUCAGCAACCCGUCCACUGGCUGCCUUCCAUCCACAGAUACAUGUACCCAGAGAUGAAGAUCACGCACCCUGCAGGCUGUAUGUCUCAGUUCAUCAAGUUCUUUGGGGAGCAGAUCCUUACACUGUGGAAGUUCGCCUUGCUUCGCAAGCGUAUUUUGAUAUUUUCACCUCCUCCUGUUGGUGUGGUCUGCUAUCGAGUUUACUGCUGCUGCUGCCUUGCCAAUGUCUCCUUGCCUGGUAUUGGUGGGACUGUUCCCGACUCCAAGCCUUUCUUCUACGUCAAUGUCGCCGACAUCGAAAUGCUGGAGACAGAAGUGUCGUAUGUGGCCUGCACAACAGAGAAAAUCUUUGAGGAGAAGCGGGAUCUCUAUGAUGUCUAUGUGGAUAACCAGAAUGUGAAGACUCACCAUGAGCAUCUGCAACCACUCCUGAAGAUUAACAGUGCAGACAAGGAAAAGUACCGGAGACUUAAUGACCAGAGACAGAUGCUGAUGUACUCCCAGGAAGUAGACGAGGACUGUAGUUCUUGCGAAGAGGACCUUUUCAUCCUGUUCUUCAUGGAGCAGAACAACCGGAUAUUUCAGACCUUGAUGGAGGUGUCAGCCAGCCAGGACAAGACCUUGACAGCUGACCACGCCCGAGGGAUGGGCUUGGACCCCCAAGGCGACCGUAGCUUCCUCAUGGACCUACUGGAAGUCUAUGGCAUCGAUGUCAUGCUGGUCAUUGAUAACCCUUGCUGUACUUAGGGCAGAGAGUACUCGGAAGGGUGAGAAAUGGAGAGUGCACACGCGUGCGCAGAAGACGGCCACUUCUUACAGACUGCAGGAUGAAAGAAGGGCAGCCUUGCUGGACUUCAGCACAACUCACAUUGUGAAGAACUGCCUUUUAAGAGAAUUCUCUACAGAAAGUGUUAUUUAUAUAUAUAUAUCUAUAUAUAUAAUUUCCUAUUAACUCUCAUUUUCAGGUAUACCUUAACCAAGCAGUCCCCCCCACCCUCACCCCUCAUCCAGGGUAGCCUGCCUGGCCAUACUUUCCCCUUUUUAGUUCUGUAAAACCAUGGCCCACUUCCUUUCCUUCCUCCCCACUCCCCUCUGAAAUGACCCAGUAGAAGCUCCUUUUGAGAGCCUAACCCAAGACCUGUUGGCCAGGAAGUCGGGUAGUUGGGAAAAGCACUUUAAUUUCUUGGGGACCAACAUGAAAUUUUUAUGCUGCUUUGAGCCUUGGUGACUUGGCUGUUUCUAGCUUUGACUGAGUAGAAACAGCCCCGUGUGUCUUUUAAAUUCUUAUACAACAUGUACAAGAUGCUUGUGUUCUAGCUAUAUGGCAUUUCCGGCUGAAUGAUGGUUAACCUGUAAGGCUUUGACAUCCGAGAGAUGGGUUCCAGGGAGCAGCUUGUACUCCUAAGUCCAUUGCUUCAGAAGUAGUAGGAACAGAAGAACUCUUCUUUUGUUGACUAAUAUAAUUUUUCCCUAGCUUGGUCACUGUUUGGCAGGUCCCGCUGGGAGGGAUGGCCCUUGGCGGUCCCUUGCUGAGCUGCAGCAAUUGCCCUCUUUCCAGAGAGGAAGGGCCUAUCUCAGGUGAGCCCCGUCUGAAGACCGCUGCAGUUGACCUCACUCCCAGCACUGUAUUAUUUGCCCGUGCAGUUUGACGCUGUGGAACUGAUGCAUCCUAGGCUUGGCCUGCAUCGUGUCGACUUGAGCUAGCUCUGAGAAUAGUGUGCCUGCCAUCUUGGUAGCUUUUCUCAUGCACUGCAGCUUGAGCACUGGCUCUUCCUGCACGAAGCAGUCCUCUCACACAGGAACACUGUGUCAGCCCAGGAGUGUUGGGCUAUAGCUCUGAUCAUCCCCAGUUGGGGUAAUGGGAGUUGCAGCCCAGCACAUCUGGAGAAAACCAGGCGGGAGCAGGCCAUGCAGGAGGGUGUCUAGGCUUCAGACUGAACCUGAAUCAAUCUCUCUGUGUUCCCACAGAGUGGCAGUGGUGGGGUUUCAUUGAAAAGGUAAGAGAAAGUAGCAACGGGCUGGUAAGCCUCGCCGGGAAUAGUUCUGCUGUAGUAUGGCAAGGGAAUUGGUCAUAUAUUUGAUAACUGUGAUUAUUUUAGAGUACUCUGCUGUCGGGUGCAUAGCUGGUUGGUGGCUGGGCACCUGCGCAGCACGUGAAAAACCAUCUGCCUAUCUUCUAGCUUUAAGGCUUAGUUUAACCAAUCCAAGUUCUGUUGCCAUGUGGCUUGCGUAGCAGCUUUGCUGUCUCGUGCCCUUGAUGUUGGGCAGCCUAAUCUAGCCUUGGCCCACCAGCAAGGGUGCAAAACCACUGCUGAUAGCUUAGCGCACUUCUGUAGACUGGCCUUUGAUGGCCUUAUUGCUUCUUUGACUUCUGUGCCUGAUAGGUAGCCUGAAAUCCCAGCGGCUUCUCUUCUGUCCUGCCCGUUCUGCAUUUCAGUGGCUUUCUUCUCCAUGAGUUUUGAGACAGAGCUUUUGAGCUCCUCCUCUGUCAUACCAGCUGAGCUGCAUAACAAGCAGGGAACCCCAUUGGAAGCCUUGUUGAUCUUCCAUGGGGAAGUUUUGAAGGAGGGGUAGAUAAACUGUGGUCCUCCAGAGGUUGCUGGACUACAGCCUCCAUCAUCUUCAACCUUUUGACAUUGGCUUUGAUGAUGAAGUUGGGGUCCAGAGUUAACUGGAGAGCUAGAUUCCUCACCACAGAUUUAGAGAAAACUUUGGGCACUGGCCUAAUGGGAUUGGCCAGUAUUGCUGCCCAUGAAGCCCUUACUCAGUUCGAAAUGUAUCCCCGAUCCUUGCCAGCCAGUAUUUUAUGCCUUUUUUGCAAACUGAGGCUGCCAAAGUUGCUUCUUUAUCAGGCAUUGGGUGUUCAACCUACCAGCUGUGUUUCAGCUGUUCUGAUCAAGGAGUCACUGUUUGCCUGGUAGAGGGAUGGAGAGCUGGCUCUAGAUGGAGGAAACGGGCCCUGUAUGAGUGAGCCUUUCCUGGUUCAUAUUUUCUUGGCCUACUUGUACCUUAAAUUUUGAAUGCUGUGUGCUAACCACCGACUCUGAAAGGAAAUGUCUUUGUCUUGCUUUUCUGUGCUUUGAAUAGUUGUCUUAUCCCAAAUAUUUGCUGUGUUGCCCUAAUUUAUUGUAGGGAGCGUUCUGCAUUUUUGGUUCCUUUACAAAACACACGAAUGAAUGCCUCUUAAUACCAGAAUGGAUGGAUGGAUGCAGUCAAACACCCAACUUGUGGGCCAUGAUCAUAGCGAUGCCAUUCAUCCUCUUUGGUAUGGAAGAGCCACACAUUCUUUCCUUGUCUUAACCCUUUCCUACCUCAUAUUUAGGUGGCCUGCAGGCAGGAUUCUUCCUGUGCAAAGGACUUAAGUUUGCUAUUUUAUAUAAUGAAAUAAAAGAACUGAAAUGG